GUGGUCCGUUCCGCAGUCCUCCGGCUUUUGAGUCUGAGGACACAGUCAAGCGGGUAAUCAUGCAGAUGCCCUGGCUGAUUCUGAUCCUGGCCGCGCUCUCGGCGCUGGUGCCGCCUGCCAUUGGCAUAAUCGAGCAUGAGCCUCUUCAACCAAUGCAAGAAGCACGGCGGCGGUGGGAUCCCUGCUACUUCCGCCCGGGAUGUCAUACGUCUAUACAUGCAGUUCCGGUAGACUCACCCACGAAGGGGCUGCCGGACAUUCCCGGCCUGGACUCCAUUCAGAUACCCCGCUGGGAGGCUGAGCAUGAGCCUCUUCAACCAAUGGAAGGAGCAGAGCGGUGGCGUCGCUGCACGCGCCCCGGAUGUCCUUCGCCUAUAGCUGGGCUCCCAGAAGACUCGCCUAGGGAUGGACUGCAGGAUAAUCCCCGUCUGGACUCCAUUGAGACACUCCUGAGGACCACUCAGGAGCGGCCCAUUCGGGCCAGAAGGGAGGAGAAGAAGGUGGCCCCAGCAAGGCGCAGAGGAAAGCAGAAGGGCACCAGGCCGGUCUGCAGGGGCUGCUUUUCAGGGCUGAUGCUGAAGGGGCAACCUGCCCAAGGAGGCCACAAGGGGACCGCGCCAGAGAGCCUCUCGGAGUCUGGUGGCGCUUCCAGCAGGGGAGAUUAGCCCUCGCCCCCUCACCCCUGAUCCCUGUCCCCACUGACACCCAAGGAAGAUGCGACGCCUCCCUUGGGAAUCUUGAAAAUGUAAUUGAGCAGCAGGGGGCGCACUUCCAUGUACACACUAUUGCUGUCGCAGAACAAUAAUUGUCCAAAUAAAGAUUUCAAAACAUGUAAA